AUGAAUGGUCGCGGUGGUCGUGCUCAACCUCCACCAGCUGAAGACACCUCCAGUCCAUAUUCCCUUCAUCCGAGCGACAAUCCUGGUGUUGUUCUUGUUCCACAGCAGCUCAUUGGCUCCAACUACACUACUUGGAGUCGAUCAUUCACAACUGCUCUGCUUGCUAAGAACAAGUUGGUUUUUGUUGAUGGAUCCAUUCCCAGGCCUAGCAGAGAGGAUCUUCUCUAUCAACCGUGGAUUCGCUGCAAUAGCAUGGUCAUAGCUUGGCUUCGGAACUCGGUUUCUUCUCAAAUAUGCUCAAGCAUCAUGUACUUAGAUGAUGCCUAUGAGAUUUGGUCAGAUCUUAAGGAGCGUUUCUCUCUUGGAGACUCAGCUCGAUUAUAUCAAUUGAGGCAGCAACUUAUGUCUCUCUCACAAGGAAAUUCUGAUGUCAGCAGUUAUUUCACGAAUUUGAGGAUCAUUUGGGAUGAAUUCAAAAAUUCUCAACCAAUCUCGUGGUGCACUUGUGCUAGAUGUACUUGUCACAAUGCUUCACGUUGGUAUCAACAUCAGGAAAAUGACUGCACUAUGCAGUUUUUGAUCGGUUUGAAUCCUUCAUUUUCACAGAUUAUAUCUCAUAUUUUGUCUAUAACUCCUUUGCCUUCACUUUCAAAGGUGUUUGCCUUGGUGAUUCAAGAGGAAAGGCAGCGAUAUAUUGAAGGAAAUCAAUCCACACCUCUAGUUCCUAGUGAGCAACCGUUUGCAAAUGCUACUUCAAACUAUGACAGAGGUUUGAGUAAGUUCCUAUGCACUCAUUGUGGAAGAACAAAUCACAGUGUGGAUAUGUGCUUCUACUUGCACGGUUUUCCCCCUGGUUUUGGCCGAGGGAAGAGCAAACCAUCAAGUGCAACUGGAUCUGGAGGAUCUGGUUUUUCAAAACCACAACAACACAGAUCAGUGAAUUUUGUUGAAGAAAGUUCAUCUAGUUCAGAUUUGAAGAUGUCUCCUCUGACUGCUAUGAAUUUGCCUAGCAUGGAUCAAUAUCAACAACUUGUAAGUCUCUUGCAGAGCCAAUUGCACACUCAAAGUCCUACUUCUACACCUGAGCCUCCAACACAGCCUCCUAAUACCUUUUCUGGUACAAUUUCCUUCUCCUCUACUAUCAAUUCUAUUAAAUCAUCAUGCUCUAGAUCAUCUACUUGGAUUCUAGAUACAUGUGCUACUCAUCAUGUAUUAUAUGAUCAAUCUCUUUUCUCAUAUGUAUCUCCAAUCUCUAAUGCUUUUGUGAAUCUACCAAAUGGCCAAACAGCACCUGUCACACACAUAGGUAAUAUCAAAUUGACACCUCUUAUUACCCUGUCCUCUGCUCUAUAUGUUCCUUCAUUCUAUUUCAAUUUGAUUAAGUGCACUCACCAAAAAUUCCUCCUGUACUGUCUCCUUUACUCACAAUCAGUUCCAAAUCCAAGAAGCUUUACAAGGGACUCUGAUUGGGAGGGGUAA